AUGUCUGAAUCACCAUCACAACCACCACAAAAGAAACAUAAACCAACAACUACUGGUCCAUCAUCAUCAUCUUCAUCCAAAUUAACACGAGCGAUAUCAGCAUGUAAACGAUGUCGAACUAAGAAAAUCAAAUGUGAUCAAAAAUUCCCUCAAUGUGGGAAAUGUGAAGUUAAUGGAGUUGAAUGUAUUGGAGUUGAUCUGGUUACUGGUAGAGAAAUCCCAAGAUCUUAUAUUGUUCAUUUAGAAGAACGAGUGAAAUUUUUAGAAGAAAAACUACGAUUACAAGAUAGAUCAGGUUUUGUUGAUGAAGGUGUUAGUAGUACACCACCUGGCAGCAGUACUAUUAAAAAAAAGAGUAAUGAAAUAUCAAUUAAUGAACCAUUAAUUAAAAAUGAAAGUCCUUUGAUUAAUACUAAACUUGAUUCAAUUGCAUUUUCGAAAAUCAUGUCUACGGCAGUUAGAGUACAGAAUAGAUUAUCUGAUCCAAAUAUUAAACCUGGUAAUGGUAAUGUUAAUCUAGGACAUAAUUCAACUACCACAAAUGAAAAUGGGAUUGACAUUAAUAAUGAUAUUUCUCGAGCAGUCUUACCCCCUAAAUCAACGGCCAUGCAAUUUCUACGAGUGUUUUUCCAUCAAUGUAAUUCUCAAUUACCAUUAUUCCAUCGUGAAGAGUUUUUACGAGAUUAUUUUAUCCCUAUAUAUGGAGAAUUUGAUGAAUCAAUAUCACUUGCCUCCAACAAUACUAAAAUUAAUAAAUCAUUUUUUAAUAGUAGUAGCAGUGAUGGAGAUAAAACUCCUUGUUGGUUUGAUGUUUAUAAAUCAAAGAUUCAACAACUUUUAACCGAAAAUACCCAAAAUGAUAUUCAAACCAUUGCUAAUAAUAUAAUCCCACCCUUGAAGUAUCGGAAACCAUUAUAUUUUCUUAAUUUAGUAUUUGCGGUGGCGACUCUGGCUAAUCAUUUACGUUAUCCCAUCCAUAUUUCUGAAUCAUUUAGAUUAGCAGCAAUGAGAUUUUCUCAAGAUGUUGAUAAUUCAAUUGAUCCAUUGGAACAUUUACAAGGAAUAUUAUUAUAUGCUGGUUAUUCAAUUAUGAGACCAACAAAUCCCGGAGUAUGGUAUAUUAUGGGAGAAGCAUUAAGAAUAUGUGUUGAUUUAGAUUUACAAAAUGAAUUGAAAACUAAAUCGAAACAAAAUUUUAAUAUUGAUAAUUUUACUAGAGAUAAACGACGUCGAAUAUUUUGGUGUUGUUAUUCAAUUGAUCGACAAAUUUGUUUUUAUUUGGAUCGACCAUUUGGUAUCCCUGAUGAAAGUAUUAAUACUCCAUAUCCUAGUAGUUUAGAUGAUUCAAAAAUUAUUCCUAAUGAUAAUUCCACUGAUUAUUAUUAUUAUAAAAACCACCACCACCACCACCACCACGAUGAUGAUGAUGAUGAUAAUGAGGACGACAUCAAUUUCAGUUAUAAAAAUGUUUCGUUAUUAUUUUUCAAAAUUAGAAAGAUUCAAAGUCAAGUAACAAAAAUCUUGUAUACUAAUGCUGAAAUUCCUCGAGAAUAUAAAGAUUUAAAUCAUUGGAAACAAUCAAUAUUAAUACAAUUAACUCAAUGGAAACAAGAAUUACAAUCAAAAUUAAUUCUGAAACAAUUGAAUUGUGAUUUUAAUGAAAUUUUUUUCCAAUUAAAUUAUCAUCAUACAUUAUUAUAUAUUCAUGGAUUAAGUCCUAAAAAUUAUAAAUUAUCUUUGAUUGAUUAUGAAAAUUUAACCAAUUCUUCAAUUCAAGUGAUUAAUUGUUAUACUGAAUUAUUGAAAACUAAAAGCAUAAAUUAUACUUGGGCAGGAGUUCAUAAUUUAUUUAUGGCAGGGACAUCAUAUUUAUAUGCUUUAUAUAAUAGUAAAGAAAUUCGAUUAAUUAAUUCAAUUGAUCAAGUUCAAAAAAUUACUAAUGAUUGUUUAUUGGUAUUACAAUCAUUAAUAGGUCGUUGUGAUGCUGCAAAUUAUUGUUGUGAAAUUUUCCAUAAUUUAACCAUGAUAAUUAUAAAUUUGAAAUAUGCACCCAAAGAUAAAAAGCAUCUAACAGAACUUAAACCAGCCAAUAGCAUUCCUUCUUCUUCUUUUUCGUCUUCUUCUUCUUUUUCGUCUUCUUCUUCCACGUCAUCAUCGAAAAUAUCACGAGAAAGUCUUUAUCGAAUUAAUAAUGGUAAUGUUCAUUCCAAUUUAUUUCAUUUAGUCACUGAAUUAGAUCAUUUAAAUCCAUUAACCAAAACCAAAACUAUCAAUAAUAAUAAUAGUGAUCAUUUUGAUAUAACCAAUGAUGAAAAACAAGAUCAUGAUAGUACCAUUAUUACUGAUGAUUUAUCAUCGCCUCCAAUAGACUCAUCAUUAUUACCAUUGAAUCAACAAACUAUAUUACAAUGGAAUGAUGAAGAAUUACAAAAUUUUUUAAAUGAAUUAAAUCAAUCCAAUCAAUCUAAUCAAUCAUCACCUAAUAAUAAUUCAUCAAUUCGUGAUGAAAAGAAAACUUUUGAAUUGAUUCAUGAUAUGCCUAAUGAAAUUAUUUGGGAUGAAUUUUUUGCCAACAAACAAUAA